AAGGAAAUGAAUAGUUGUUUUGCAUAAAGCCCACACUAGGUUAAAAGCUAAAACAGGAAGGAACUUCACCAUCAGUAUGCUAGAUGGGACUGCUUCUGUGACAUGUGCUUGGUUUUGAGAAAAUCAGAACUCUUCAGAUUACUAAUAGGAAUAAUUACCAUGUUUAUUUUAUGUUUACCUGAAUUUUUCAAAGUCCAUGAAGCUAACACUGUAAUUAUAUCAUGCAGGGAUACCUGUGCAUUGAAUAAUACCACUUUUCCACUUUGCACUUUUAACAAUUCUUGCAAAAGCUCCCUGCAACAAAGAAGAAAGAACGAGACUGUUUUACUGAAGGCCGUUGUAAAUCAUCCCAAUUUCCAAAAUAUUCCAUGUAUUUGCCAAUCCUCCAGCAAAGAACAACAGUCACAUAUUAUGUACUCAGAGUGUGAAUCCAAGAGAGAGAGGAAUGUUGUUCCCCGAGGACCAAGAUCAGUAACUAAAAAAAUUCCAAAAGCAAAAGGCUCAUUUGACAUGAAAACGGAAGAUCUUGUAUAUUUUUAUAAAUAUUUCAAUUUCACUAUGCUUCCUGAGAACGAAGAAGAGCAUAAUACUUACUACAUGCUGGAAGUCCACAUCAACAAUUCUAUAGUCAGAGGACGAAGCGCAGCUGAAGAAUACCUAAAUCACUCCUGUCUGGUGGCAAUGAUGGAAGACCAAAAUGACUGUAUAAAUAUUUCACUGCAUCUGAAGUCUUAUGUGGAAUAUCCCAUGUGUAUGACGAAGAUCAUAUGGCUCAGUAUGAUUCCAUUAGUUUUUGUGUUCACUAUUUCAACCGUCGUCUACAAAAUUGUCCAAGAAAAUGAACAAAACUAUCGUAAACAGAGAGUAGCAGCAGCAGCAGUUUCAACCAUUCUAAGAAAAAGAGAUUCCAGACAUGCAAGAAGAACUAUAUCUGCUACUAAAACUCAAUUUUUUCCUGUGGAGACCAACAAACAGCAGACUCCACUUACUGCACAGACCACAGAGAUACUGCCUAUAAUUCCUGAACAAGAGCAUUGCCAUGUGGAUGCAUCAAGUGUAGAUGGGACUCCUCCCAGUUACUGCAGCAUUCAGUUACUUCAGACUGCCUCUUCAGAUACCUGUCAACUAUCUCUUCAGGUAAAGCUUCAUCUUCCCAUACUCCCACCUCCUGGGAGUACUGCCCAUUUUAAUCGUUUCCUGUGGUAAGAGCCAGCAUUUAGUCUCAGGUUAGAAACAGAUAUUUCCGAGGUUAUAAUACCAUAUGUUACUGAAGAGUGCUUACUAAUCAGUGCCUUCAUUAUGCAGCACUACAGCUGAGCAGCAGCAUCCUAUGUCCUUCCAGGAUAUUGGGUUCAUCAAAGAUCAUUUUAUAGGUGCUGGAAACAACAUGUCAUGGUCCAUUCCCACACAAACCUAACUUUUGUCCACCACUGGGAACAACCACUGGGAUUGACCUGCCAGCACACCUCUUGCUUUCAUUAUGUCAACUGUUAUGCCUUAAAAGGCUAGAAAGAGGAGAUGAAACAGCGUGGCAAACCUUUGAUUUGGAAUAAAUUCAGCUAAUAAAAAAAUUCAUCAACUUCUGUACCCAUUCCUUUACCAAAGGAGAACGUGUUCAGCAUGGGUCACUUAAUCGCUCUGUGUAUUUUCAGGGUACUUAUUAUCAUAGCAUUUGGGUGCUGAAAUUAAGGAUCCUUCUCUAUUUCGGUCAUCUUUCAUUAAAUGACUGCAUUAGCAACUGUCCUGGAGAAAUGCAUGAGUCAAACGUCUCAAGUGCUGUAAGACAGUUCUCUGUUUAUCUAUCUGUGACAGCUUUAGAGGUAUUUCCUUAGUGCUGUCAAAAGGUGACAUAAGAAUUAAUGCAAGUUAUGAGGGUGCUGUUUAUUUGGUUAGAAAGCAUGAACAUUUUAUUCAGGAAGGCAAAUAUUUGCUUUAGGACCAGUGCUGGUCAGUGGACAGCAUGUUAGACUAAGGCUCUGGAGACCCAGCUUCUUUUUCUGUCUCUACCAAUGGCUCCUCAUUACCCCAGUCAUUAUUUAUCCCCAGCUAAAACAGAGACUGUGUAGUGCUUUUAAUUUGCAAAGCACUACUUACAUCAAUUGUUAUUUUUAGCAGCUCUAAAAUGCCUUUUCUGUGAUAAAUGAAAAGAGAGAAACAAGAAGCUGGACUGAUAGCAACAAAUCUGGGGGAACAUCAGAUCUUAGAGUGGAUCAGAAGGAUAAAUACUGAAUUUAUGUA